AUGCCCUCGGCAUAUGACCAGAAGAAGUCCGAUUCGGUCAAGAAGGGCAACACUGUCAAAACUGCCUUUGACAGUGAGAGUUUCGAUGCCGACUGGACUAUCCACGUCCCAGGCCUUGUGGGCUCGGCGACCAUAUCCCCUUCGGGUCGCGACGUCGCCCUUGCAUCCCCUGAGGGCCUUGCCAUCAUCGACCUUGAUUCUCCCUAUAGCCCUCCGCGCCGCCUGAGCAGUCGCGGGCUGCCGUGGCUCGUUGUUGAUGUCCAAUGGUCGCCCUUUGCUGCCCGCGACUACUGGGUCGCAUCCACUGCCAACCACCGUUGUCUGGUCUGGAACCUCAACUUUCGCGAUGACUCGGCCUCUGGUCCCAUCGAGCACUCGCUACAGGGUCACAGCCGCGCCAUCACCGACAUCAACUUCUCGGCUCACCACCCUGAUCUGCUUGCGACAUGCUCCGUCGACGGCUACGUCCAUAACUGGGAUCUUCGUCGCCCACAGCAGCCUGCGCUGAGCUUUUGUGACUGGACCGCUGGUGCCACGCAAGUCAAGUUCAGUCGCCAGGAUCCGCACACGCUUGCGUCGUCUCACGACAGGCUCCUGCACAUCUGGGACGAAAGACGGCCGGUCGAGCCCGUCAAGACUAUCAUGGCGCACUCGUCCAAGAUCUAUGGAAUCGACUGGAAUCGCACGAGAGCGUCUGCGCUUGUGACAUGUUCGCUAGACAAGAGCAUCAAGUUUUGGGAUUACAAAAACGAGGGCGACGCCCCGGAACGUGUCAUCCGUACUGACUUCCCAGUCUGGCGUGCCAGGCAUACGCCCUUCGGCUGGGGUGUGCUUGCCAUGCCCCAGAAUGAGCCUGGUAAUCUCCACCUUUUUGAUGCUCGUUCCGGCGCUGGCGCUCCGCAAGACAGCAGGGACGAUCCUGUCUACAUAUUCAAGGGCCAUGGAGACCACAAGGCCAAGGAGUUCCUUUGGAGAAGCCGGGGAGGGGUAGAUGAUAACGGCAUUGACAAUCGAGACUUCCAGCUUGUCUCCUGGGGCGCAGACAAGGAGCUGCGAUUGGAGCGCAUGGAAGCAGAUGUGUUAGAAAAGGUCGGCUACGUCAAGGGCCAGCCCGCCCCCAAGGAUCUGGUCCUUACCCGCAAAGGCGCCACCUACAAGACCUUCCGCACCGUGGAUGACGGCGUGCACCGUGACAGAUGGAACGGCACCAUGACCGACCCUCGCGCAGGUCAUACCCCCAACCCUCUUCGGCGCAACGGCCUUGCCACCGGGAACCAGAGCACAUAUCACAAGCUCGCAUCUGCAUGGAGGGCGCCAUCUAUGAAAGCCAAGACCAUGGGCAAGGAAUCAAAUCGGAGCUUGGCCCAGAUAGGAUGGAUGAGAGGCGUGACGAUGAGUAAGCGUAAGACGCAAACCGGAACUUCGAGCAGCAACCGGGGCGCUCUAUCGCCCACCGAUCAGGACUCCAUUUUCGGCUCGGUAUAUCAUGAUAAUGAAUGGGGCGAACCCGAUACUCUCCAAGACGAGUUUGUUCGCCUAACCAGCCAACUACCAAACGUACAAUGGAAUCACAUUGAUAUGGACAAUCUUACAAUAAACGCCAGCCUCAAAGGACCAUGGGGUGUCAGUGGCGAUCCGAUACAUAUCAAGGUGAAAGUUGACAUACCCAAAAAGUAUCCCAAGUCGAAAGCCCCGAGGUUCUUCAUCGACAAGAGCUCAUUCAUGACGGAAGAAACACGCACCAAGAUUGAGAAUGAACUUUGUCUGCUAGUUGGCCAGUUUGCACAGCACAAGAAGAACUCUUUGGGGCCCGCGUUCGCUUACCUCCUCGGCGAGGUCGAUCUUGCUGGAAGCACCAGCUUUUUGAGGGACCUGGGCGAUUUGGACGAUAUGGACGACGAGGACGAAGACCUGGAGACCACGGGGAGGAUCGAAGGAGCCGAUGACGAGAGCUCCAGCGACAGUGAGUCGGAUAUACCGCCAGGGGGCUCGGCAGCCAUGUCGCAGGAGCUGCCUGAACCAACCACUGGCUCCGAUGCCCCGGCAGCACUUUCUGGAGGAUUCAGACAGACAGUCAUACCCGUAAAACGGACCUGCGGUGCACGGUUCUCUAAUGAUGGGAAGCUAGCAUGUUUCUUCCCGACCAAGGAGGAGAAGGCUAGGGCUUUGUUUCUCGUCAACACCGACUCCGUCCGGGAGCGAUCCAAGGGCGAGCCUAGAUUUGCGGGGUUUGGUCGGCUUUUGCAAACUUCGCAAUCACCCACGGGUCAUCGCAAUGCCGAUGAUUCUGCCAGCGAUGAUGGAUCAGGCGGAUCAGAUGCGGACGACUCGUCCUCAUCUUCCUCCUCUGACUCCGAGUUGGCAUCCAUGAACCGCAUCAGCUUCUGGUACAGACAGGGCCGUAGCAAAUUCCGAAAGUCGUGGAGCGCCAAUGAAUCCGUACGGUCGAGCGGUGGUGGAACCGGCACCGGCACCGGCACACAAGCCGGUACUAUCAGGGGAAGCAGGCGUGCCGCCACAGUCAAGGCCAAGAACAUUGUGUCGAUACACGAUAUGCGCGAUCUCAUCCCCUCCAAGCAGGCAUAUGCCAGGGAAUACGCCAUUUUUGGCGAUGGAGAGGAGGUUUGUGAACACAACGCGCAGGUGGCGGAGCGGCAUGGCGACAAAGACUUGAUGUACAUUUGGCGCUACGCCGGUCUCCUCCUGCGAUCUGAUAUACCUCUGCGGUUGAUAGAUGAGCAGCAGUUCUCGAGGAGUAAUGACCAUUCUUUCCUCGUGAUUGCCCGAGACGCCGUUUCUCGAUUUGGCAACACAUUGCCGUCACAAAAAGGAGACACGUUUCUGGGCAAGGUCAAAUGGGGUCAACAUCCCUUGGUACAUGACUUCAUCAGCGAUGUGUUUGCGUAUUUCGAGCAGCUAGCAGACAUCCAAAUGCUGGCUAUGCUCUCGUGCAUAUUUGGUGAUUCCUGGGCCAAGGACAGCCUGGCAUACGCAGAAUCGCAUCUCACGCAGCCACAGACACCGUUACCAAUGAAGGCCCCCUCGUUCUCCCUCGAGUACUUUCCGACCAAUCCCGAGCUAUGGCAUCAACAACAGCUGCAGUCGAAUUGGCAACAUCAACACCAUCACUUGCGCAGCCAGGCGAGCUCGGCCAUUACCACCCCACGCACGUCGCAAACGCCCAACCUGUACUCUUACUCGACUUCGCUUGGGUCCGAGCCUGGAGUCUGGCUUGGAGAUCCUGGAUCCUACUCGUGUGGAGAGACACCGCCGGCUACUGUGGGUAUCAGGGCUCCCCGCAGCCACCAUCAUUCGGCUGGAGAGGUGGACCAUACGCAAAGCCUAUCCACGUCUCCCAACACGCGCAUUGCAGGUUUUCGCAGGUCGAACUCGGCCGUCGCAGGGGCCCCAGGCCUGGCCGCAAGCUUGCCCCGCACACUGCAUAAUAUGGUUUCAUCAUCGCCACCUGAUGGGCCUACACGCAAAAGAGUCAGUCCCGCAGAGACCAUUCUGAACAACCUUGCACCAGCCGUUACGUGGGGUGCAUCAACUGUUUUCGGCGCCGGUGCAGGCGGCCGUCACGCUGACGCGGCAGCUGGGACAGCGGCGGUCGCUGCUGAGUUGAGGGCGGCGGCGGCGGCGGCAGCAGCAGCGGCGAGUGUGGCGGGAACGCGGACACCAUCAACUGACGGCAUCGAUGCGCCGUACAACAAUCUUGAAUCGAUGGUGGCAGUUAGCGUGAGCGUCAAACUCUUCAACGAGAGCAGUUUCGACGACGAUGGCUGGAUGACAACACCUUUUUUGGAGCCAAAGCGUGGGGCACUGUACGCUAGCUACCGCCACGCGUAUGCCGAGAUGCUGCAGGUCUGGGGCCAGCCUCUCGCAAGGCUCGAGAUUAUGAAGUUCAACAUACUCAAGGGCAGCGAUCGAAACGUGAACUCGCAAUCAAUGUUUGGACAACAAAACGAUGACGACGAGGACGGCGGGCACAAGGGCCAUCAAAACUCGCCUCAUGUAAGAGACACGGGUGCAACAGUCAAGGACGAAUACGGUGAAGAGGUUGCGGCCGGCACACCAUCGCCAACCCUCACUGUCAGCAAACGUAGGCAUCUCAAGAGUCUUAUGGGAUCAGGUCGCGGUCUAGAUGUCACGGGAAUCUGCAGAAUCCAUGAGACGAAUUUGGAACCUCUGCAGACCAGCGGCCGGCCCCUACCCAGCCAUUACGGCUCAGAACUUGUCUCGAUUGACGGGACGACAGCCGAGAUGACGAUAGGCGGCGCCGUGGGCACAUGCGACCGCUGUCAACACAGUCUGCAGUCGCAGCUGCGGUGUGUGUACUGCGCUGAGCCCAUUGCCGCCCUCUACCCGGCGUGUCUGGGUUGCGGGUGUCCGAGUCACGAGAAGUGCCUGGCCGAGUGGCAUGCAGCGGGAGAGCGACUGUGUCCUGCCGGCGACGAAUGCGACUGCGGGUCCGAGGCGGAUAACGGCAAGAUCGAGAGUUGGGCUGCCAUCCAGGCAGCGCUGCUAUCGGCUCGGAAAGUAGAAAAAGAGAGGCAGGCGGCGGCGGCGGCGGCGGCGGCGGUGACGACGACAGCGAGGGGCCGCAAGACUGUCCGUGUCGCAGGUGGGCCUCCGGCGAUGCUGAACUUAGCUCGGGAGGCCGGCGUUGCGGGGUUCGUGACGCCGCCCAUGGCGUCGCCCAACGCCGCGCGGCCCAGGAGGCGGAGCAUGCCGGGCGGGAUCGGACUACAUGAGCAAGAGCAACAUACACAAAAGCAGCACCACACAGGCGAUUCCGUGCGGAGGAUUCGCGAGGAGGAGGGUGAAGAUGGGGAUGACGCUAUGGACAGGGAAGGGUGGGAGAGCGUAAAUCUGCCCCCCGGCGGCAACGGGACGGGUUCGGGAGGGACGGCGACGCCUGCAGGUUCAAGGCUGCCGUCCGCCGCUGCACAUCUGAAUCGACUGCGGAAGCAGGUGGGAGAGAUGACUGGACGACCGUCGAUCCUGAGACAGAGGAGCGGCGGGGUGCUGCAGAAAAAAAUGCCCUAG